AAUUGAGCUUUUGCAAGAUAUUGAAAUAUAAUGCUGUUGUCAGUGAUGUCAUCAUGAUGAGAAGCGAGUGGAGGAGGCAAGUGGAGGAGGCAAGGUCCCAUAUUAAGAUGCACUCAAAGUCGCAUAUUGCAGCGCACUCAUUGAAUGCACUGGUGUGCUUUUUUUAAGGCCGGUCUCCACCAGCAGCAGAUCAGCUUGCCCAAUUAGCAGCAGCACCUGAAAGCCAAACAGAGCAGGAGAGAAGCAGAGACAGAAAGAGAGACACCUAGUGUCCCAAAGGAACUCUACACUGACAACAGGCACCCUCGGGCCGUGACGACGUAAACAAACCAUGCACCCAUUAGAAUGGCCCGAAUCUCUGAAAGGGAUGAAUGAAAGGGAUGAGCUGUGUCCUGAGCGACAUCAGACUUUGUGACGAUUCUGAAACUCAACAACUGUAUCAAAGUAAAAUCUUACAUCAAGGACAGAAAUUGUACACAGUUCAUUCUAGAGGAGAACUAAUAACUAAGAACACAGAAAUGUCAUCUAAUUCAACCCUAAAUAUCAUUGAAUCGGAUCAGUUUGAGGAUGUAGUGUUUGACAAAGAGGAUGCACUUCUCAUCCAAGCCAACUUCUACAAGGGCGCUCCUCCCCAGUGGGUGAAUUUCCACUUAUCAGAGAAGGAUAAUCUGCCAUUUGUGAAAAGACAUGGCUAUGAAGAUGUCAGAGCCCUCAUAGAGAAAAGCAACACAAACAGAAGAAUUGUGUCCAUGGUUAAUCUAUUCCAUAAGCCAGGCAGUGGAGGCUCUACAUUGGCAAUGCAGGUUCUAUGGGAUCUAAGGAAAGAGUUUCGGUGUGCAAAGCUGAAGGAUGCGAUGACUGAACGAAAUGCCAUUGUCAAAGACGUCAUGAAAUUGACAGAGCAAAAGACAGGACAGAAAAGAAGAAAGCCUGUGCUUCUGCUACUUGACAACGUUGACGUGCACAGAGACAACCUAGCAAAACAUCUAAAAAGGAGACUUAUUGAUGAGCUGAAUUACAACAGGUGCACCGUUCCUGUUAUAAUCCUGAACUGUGUCCGAAAAACUACACUGGCAGAGGAGAACCGUGGUAAUACAGUCACCUUGCAUGCAAACCUUCAAGUGCACAACGGCAUGGAGGAGAGGAAAAACUUCCAAGAACAUCAGAGGGAUAUUACCAACCAUUAUAAAGAACUUCAGCCAGAAACGUUACAUGGUCUUAACAUCAUUACCGGUGAUUUUGAUCAAGAAUACAUUGCGGAUACAUGCAAAGCCAUUGUCCCUCCGAAAAUAAAGCACAGACCACGAAUAGACCAGCUCUUUGCGAUUCUUACAUUGAUCAGCAAGUUUGCCCCUGGCUCUUACCUUCUGCUUGAUCAGUGCAUUGAGUUUCUGCGAUUGAGUCCCAGUGACAGAGCGUUGCCUUUCGACCAGCAGAUGGGAAAAUUCUCCAAAUUCGUAGUUCGAUACCGCUGCUUUGAGAAAGGUGUGGAAUAUGUAUGCAUCGCCCAUCCACACAUUGCCACUAAAUGUGUUGCAAUAUUUACAGACUAUGAGGUACGAAUGAGUGCAGUGACCUCUCUGUUUCUGGAGUACUUCUGCACAGAGGCCGAGUCACAUCACCUGAUGCAAAUGGCAAAAACAAUGCUCACCAUGCGAGAAACUGAUGCAAAAAGUGAGGAGAAAAAUAAAUUUCCCAAACUAAUUCAACACAUCAUCGACAAGGAGGGACACCAUAUGAGUACAGCGCUGCUGAGCAUGGCCUGUGGGGUCUUCCGGGAACGGCCAAUCUUUCCCCAAGCUCUAGCACGUUGUUAUUACCUCACAGUCAACAAACGAGAGCCAAUAAAAGACGGUGACUACAAAAAAGCUGAAUAUUUUGCUAGAGAAGCCAUCAGAAGACACCCCGAUAACUCAUUCAUAAUGAACACCCUGGGACAAGUUCAUAAACACCACUUGAUUCAUUUUGUGAGAGGACAGACGUACACCCACUCUGAUGUGUUGCGCUUAGGUCGCCUGGCUCUCGAUGCUUUUCAAGAGGAAGAAAAAGCUGCUGAGAUGGAGGAGACAGACGAAAAAGUGAGGGAUGAAACGGCAAACAUUGCACCCACCUUCAACAGCUGGGGGAAGUUGGCAUACCUGCAGGUAGCCUUGCAGAUUUUCGAGAGCCUUGUGAAGAUCAAUAGCGAUUGGAGAGACAUUCUGACUUGUUCCAAAGAGAUUUCAAAAUCAUUGGACCUACAACUCAACCGUAAAAACCGUCGUCUCAUCAGGAACCUUCAGGGUGACGUUCAAAAAAGGUUUGACUUCUUUGAAAAAUAUCUUACCUACUCCCAAGGUGACCCUGGGAGGGAAGACCCAGCUUACAUCAGAGAAUGUGCAAACAGGUGCUUCAGAAAUUAUGUGGGAGCAACACCAAAGGCUUUGAAUAUGACGUUUGAGGAUGCAGGUAAAGCAGGAACAGCUGACCCUGAGGAAGAUGGAAUUACAACGAUGGCUGAUCUACAGGAGUUCCUUGAAAGGCAUUCUUCUAAACAAAGUCCCGAGUUCUACCACCUGGGCUUGCUUCAGACCAUUGGUGACCCAGAGCUCUGUGACAUCGUGCUGAAGAUGGAAAAGGCCUACGAGAACAUGUACGAGAAGUACUUCCGCACUCGCCACCUGGUACCACUCUACAUGAAGUCCACGAGUGGCUGGCAAACGUUGAGUGAGCUAUCUCUUAAGCCCUGGGAGGUCGAAAAAGGAGCCCAGAAUGAACCAAAUGCAGUAGAGGAGGGAGCCAUGCCUGACCAGAGGGAUGUAUGUGAAAGGCUGGGAAAACUGGAGCGUAUCCAGGGAGCUGUGGAGAGGCCUAAAGUCUUUGCAUUUCUUAACAACAACAAAAUUGCUGUGCAGCUUUACAAUAAGGAAAUGUUCUGCAAAGAUGGUCCUAUUUCCUUCUACCUAGGAUUUACCAUCAGAGGUCCAGUGGCCUUCAAUGCAAGAAAAAUAUCAGCUCUCAUGCGUCAAACAUCAAUUGCUUCUGAAGCCUCAUACGGGUCAAGUUGAUAUUUUAGAUCAUUGAUCAUUUUAGAUCUAAUUUUGUAUUACCUCAACUGAUCUGACGGCAAAAGUGAGGUAUAUUUUACCAACAUUGUUUUUCAUUGUCUUUAUAUAGCCUACAUGUGCUAACUAUAGCGAGGCAAAGUGGUUCUCUGUGAAAUACAUAAGUUUACAUGCUCUGUAAAUCGUGCAAAUCUGUGUGACACUAAUGUGAUAUUGACUUAAAGACACUCCAAAAACACAACCAUUAUGAAGUUGUUUCACACAACAUUAUUUUGCAAAAGGUGUUAUUCUGUGUGCUUUCUUUAUUUUUGCUCUUUCUCCCUUUUUUAUUUUUUUUCUUUCUUUCUUUUUUACUAGGUGUUGAUGGUAUUUGUAAUAGGGGUAGGCCUAAGCCUGGAUUACACUUA